AUGGCGCUUACGACGAAUACCGAGCUCGCCAAACUUGACCAUGUCCUCAUCACGGCCUCGUUCACCUGCUUUUUCCUUUCGGCGCUCGUGGGGCUGGCGCAUCUCGUGCUUCACCAACUGCACAACUCGAACAUAUCAUCUCCUUCUAGCGCUACGAACGCGUCGAGUACUAGCUCGGACAAGCUCUCUCCUCCCUAUGACAGCGAUCUGAACUCUCCUAUCACUCCAAGUGGCCCAAGUCCCAACAGCACACUCGCGAGCAUCUUUGACCCAAGCCUAGGGGACAUCAGCCUUCUCUCCACGUCCAGCAUAGCCAACUCUACCCUAUCCUCCGAAGACGAGCUUCUCCUGCAAGGCACUCCUAUAAGUCCCAGACCGAGCUCCUAUAAAUAUCUUCAGCAACAAAGGAGCGUCCUCGAGCUUAGGAAGAACGUGUUACUCAAACAAGCGAGCAGCUUGGGAGAAGAAGUGAGGGAGUUGGCGGGGCAGGUGAGGGACCUUCGGCGAGAACGGGAGAGGUUGAGGAAUGUACUGAAGAGUGCGGGAAUAGAGUUGCAGGAGUUGCAGGACAGUUGGGAAGAGGUGAAAGAGAAUGGUAAUGGGAAGUGUUAA